AUGCAGGCAGUUCUACACGUAUUUUUAACUAUUUACAGGCCCAAUAUGCUGUUUUGCGCCAUUCUUGUUUCCUCUAGCAUCCGCUUUCUUGCUGUCUUUAUGUUUAUCUGGCCACAUGAAUCUCCAGCGGCCUUCUAUAUCAUCGAAUGGGUUGUACUCUACAGUAAUCUCCAGGCAAUCAAGAGUUGUCUCUGUGUUUGUGGUAUUUUUGCUGACAAUACAGUUCUUUUUGACUGUGGAGCCUUACGUGCGCUUAUACUUGUUUUUACGGGUCUGUUGUUGCGCACAGUGUUCUGUCUUAUGCUCCAUAGCCUUCUCGGUGCUACUCUUCCGCUGCAUCCAAGCUGCACCCUUACAUGCAACGCCUUUUCCCGUGCUCUGACGCUUUUUACGCUUUAA